AUGCAGCCCCUCGCCUACUUCGCCGCGAGGAGUCUCCUCGGAUGGCUGCAGUGGAUGGAGCGGGCCGACCGCGCAUUUGUGGCCAGCGCGCCCAUGCUCGUGGCCACGGGCGCAGCGCACUGCUGGGCGGUUGUGUACGCCCUGUUCAUCGCGAUCCACACGCGCGCGAUGCGGUUCGGCGGCCGCGGCCCCGGCGGAGCGGUGGUGCGGGAGACGCUCCACUGGGUCGGCCUGUCGCAGGUGCUGGCCGCGAGCAGGUGCCCAGAGGUGCCUGCCUGCCCUGCGGUGCCGGCCUGUCCGGCGCUGCAGGAGAUCCCCAGCUGCCCGGCCUGCCCCGGCACGCCGCCAGCGCCGCCGCGGGCCACCUCGCCGCACGGCCCCGCCUGGGCUGUGAUCCUGGGGGCCUUCUUCGUCGGGGGUCUCGUGGUCGCCGCCGUCUUCGGCGUGGCGGGGAUCCUGGACGAGUGGGCCUUCGUGCUGUACACUGUGCCGGGGGCCCCAGUCUACCACCAGCGCCGGGUAGUGGGCUGCCGGCGCGGGGUGUGCUCGGCGACUCAGCUGGGGCGAGUCCUGAUAGCGACGCCAAACCUCGACGUGUACGAGGAGGACUACCGAGCAGGAUCGAUGGGCGUAGACAUCGCGCGCGUGGUGUUCAGUCCAGCGAAGUGGCCGCCACCAGCGACAGUGCCGCGCGCCCAGGUGUACAGGUUCAGAGACGAGCCCACCGGCCAGGAGUAUGCCGCUAUGCGGGCGGCCGCCCGCUCCGAGGCAGAGAGGCUGUGGCUUGCCGACGACAGAGCGGCUGGCGGCCCGGGAGCGCCGAUCCCAGACAACGAGUUCGUGCCGUUCGAGUCGAUCGCCGGCGUGAUGGCUGGUGUCGGCGGGGCUGCCGGGCCAGGGGCCGCGGCUGCGGGUGCGGCGCCUGCGGGGGCGGUGGUGCCGCUUGCGGCCUGGCCCGCCGCGCCGGCGCCGAUCGCGGGCGGCCCCGCGCCGGGCCUUGCGCUGGCGCCGGCUCCGCCAGCGGCAGCGGCACCCGCUGCGCCCGUCGCCGUGGGAGCCCCCGCCGCCGGCGCGGCUGCGGCAGCGGGCGCGGCGCCCCAGGGGCGGCCGCCAGCCAUCCCAGAUGGCCUGCCGAUCGCCGUCCCGGCGAACGGCCUGGCCCCCCUGGGGUGGAGCUGGCGCGCGCUGGAGGACCUGGCUGGGCUCGUGGCGUACGGUGACCCGGUGGCUCUCCUGCCCAGCGGGCACUCGGUCUUCGUCGCCCUAGUGGCGGACACGGAGAUCGAGCACCUCAAGCGGGAGUUCAGAGGCUCGGAUGCACGGACGCUGCCCGUGGUGAGGACCGCGAUCGGCCGAGAGCGAUCGUGGGCCUCGGUCGUCACCGACUGCCGCGAGGAGGAUGUCCAGGACUUCGGCGUGAAGGCCCCGAGGUCGGUGAAGUGGUGCGCGGCCUACCAGCAGCGAGACGGCGGGCCGGUGCUCCACUCAGAGAUGUGGAAGAGCAGGCGCCGACUUCAGGACAGCGACUUCGGGGUGGCCGAGCACGAGACGUUGAGCAAGGUGGUCGAGCUGCUCGGCACCACCGACCAGGUGGACAUAUACAACCUGGCGGGGGUGGAGGUCGCGUACCGGAAGCUCCAGCUGAUCGAGUACUACUGGGACGAGCGGCGGCAGGAGCAGCAGCAGGCCAACUCCAAGCUGCCGCUGGAUGAGGUGCAGGCCUUCAUGGGAGGGGGCCGAGCCGCCAGCAUGGUGUGUCCAGAAGUGCUGGACCAGGUGGCGAAGGAGUUGGAGAGGAUCGCAGGCAUCGAGAAGAACGCGAGGAAGUUGCGGGAGGAGCAGGCCGCCCUGGCCAAGAAGGCUCCUCCCGCGAAGGGAUGA